AGUCGUCAUUGAACGCACCAGCAGCAUUCAAUGAAGUGGAGGGCAGGAAGUGGUUGUGAAGGCAGCUCCACACCUUUCCGGUGUAACACCUCCUCGACCAGCUCGGCUUAAAGGAGAAAAUCUACUAUUGGGGAUCAAAAGUGAGAGCCGAACGCAGGGGGCGAGAGUUUUCAUGGUUGCCUACAUGUGUUGCUGAGUCACAGAGGACUUCUCCUGCCGCGAAGGUGGGAAAAAAAGCUUUUGGUUGGCCGCAGAAAGGCGGAUUUUCCUCACCCAAUAGUGCCGAAAGAGCCGGGGCGCAGCAGGUAAAGAGGACUGUUGUCGUGUUAGAUAACCUGCCUGCAUUUUAACACACCAAACUCCCUUUUAGGCACUUUUGGAGUUAAGAAUGCCCACACAUCCGCAACAGUUUGUAGAGUAGCAAGGCAUGGUGUGAACAGGCCGCACGGUGCUACUUGUAUAGUCCGUCCAUGCAGCAGCAGCAUCCUGACCUAUAGCAACAUGAGAGUGCUGUUCUAACCUUCUCACUAGCAGUCAUGCUUUCACAGAUAAGCCUAUAAUUAACCUCAAGGAAUACCAAGAAUACUGUUUUUUUUUUUAUCAUUACCAGCAAGGUAUUUUAAUGCACAAUAGUUGAACAUGGGGAAGAUGCUGUCUAAGAUAUUCGGGAACAAGGAGAUGAGAAUACUGAUGCUGGGACUGGACGCCGCCGGGAAGACGACAAUCCUGUACAAACUGAAACUGGGACAGUCGGUCACCACCAUCCCCACGGUGGGCUUCAACGUGGAGACGGUCACGUAUAAAAACGUCAAGUUCAACGUGUGGGAUGUCGGCGGGCAGGAUAAGAUCCGCCCCCUGUGGCGACACUACUACACUGGGACGCAGGGGCUGAUUUUCGUGGUGGAUUGCGCCGACCGGGAUCGCAUCGACGAGGCGCGGCAGGAACUCCACCGCAUCAUCAAUGACCGGGAGAUGAGGGAUGCCAUCAUCUUGAUAUUCGCCAAUAAGCAAGACCUUCCCGACGCCAUGAAGCCGCACGAAAUCCAGGAGAAGCUGGGAUUGACCCGCAUCCGAGACAGGAAUUGGUAUGUUCAACCCUCCUGUGCCACAACAGGUGACGGACUUUACGAAGGCCUCACAUGGCUAACCUCCAACUACAAAUCUUAAUGAUGGAGUGCUGACUGUUUUAGGUCAAAACUAUAUUACAAAAUAACCGCUCCGGUGAGUGGUUACGUACAAAUUGAUUACCCUUGUUUAUUUUUAAUACCGCAUUUACCUAAUAGUUAAUUCAUCUGCAGAUUGGGUUGCUGGUUGAAAAUAAAAGCUUGUCCUGCGUAGCAGACUUUAUCUCAACAUUUUAGGGCUUGCUUCUUGAAUAUUCAAUUAAUCAGUUCUAAAGUUCACCACCUUUGCCUGUUCUUUUGUUCCUGUUUUAUAUCAUUUUUCUAAUAAUGCUGAGUUUAUCAGCAUUCUUGGGCAGGGGCUCUUUAAUGGACUAUGACACAGUACUAUGAUGACUAGUAUUUGCUAGAAGGGUGUUUCUUCAUUGCUGCAAAUGGGAAUGUCCUGAAUUGUUACAUGUCUUAAAGAAAAGAUUGCAUCAGCCCUCACUCAAUCCCCUUAUUAUGGGCUGUAUAUUAAACUGUCAUGUCUUGAUACCUAAAUGUGCUGAUUAUUCAACAAAAUGCCUCUGAAACAUGCUUGUUGGGACGCAUUUUGAAUUCAGAGUGGGUCAAAUCAUCUCUCCAAAGGAAUGUCCUUCACCUGUCUCGAUUAUCGGGAUAUCAUACAAUGAUGGCCGCCUAUAUCUGUAGCAUGAUGUGCAGCAAAGCUCCAUCAGGGACCCCACCUUUCACGCAGUCAAGUCUUUGCUGCAGCUCUUAUUUGGUUCCGGGUGGGAUCCAUGUACAGACCUUGUCAUUGUCUUAUUAAAAAAGUGAUUUGAAAGCUGCUUU